GCUACGCCAUGAUUCGCUACAGCAACUUGGGAUCGGCCAUGUACGCCAAGGAGAAGCUGAAUGGCUUUGAGUACCCACCUGGAAACAGACUCCAGGUGUUUUUCCAUGACGAUGGAGAAAGUUCUGUCAGUCUCAUGUCGAAGAUGUUUGUUCAGACUCAGAUCAUGACCUCAGCGUGGAACGGAGCCUCCGGCAUGGCGAAACCUAACUACUCGGUACCGUCUCGGAUCCAGACGGACGUAAACCUUCCGUCUCUGAAGAAGCUCGCUCCGUCGGACAGCAUCUCCAGAGAGCGUCUGUUUGUGGUGUUCCACCCCUCCCCUCUGCCCCACGACGUGCUGGAGGACAUUUUCUGUCGCUUCGGGACUCUCAUCGAGGUUCAUCUGGUUCCAGGAAGAAAGGUUGGAUACAUGAAGUACGCUGACAAAAAGAGUGCUGACGAGGCCAUGGCAGUGCUCAACGGUCAGGUCAUUAACGGAGUGAAGAUGAAGGUGAUGCUGGCUGACCCUCCCAGAGAGGAAUCCCACAAACGUCCUCGUACCUACUAGGACAUGAACGGUGACUGAUGCCAUGACACAAUGACACCUGACCUGACAGACCAACAGACAUCUACACAGCUCUCGACCUCUGACCCGACCUUUGACACCUGUCUGACUCAUAAUCAGUCUGAAGAGCAACAUGUACAGUGUGCUGCGGGUCAGUCAUGCAUUUCUUUGUUUUAUGUGUAGAAGUUUAGCUUUUAGGACCAUAGAAAACAUGUGAACUUGUAGAACUGAACCUUUGUUGCAGAGUUUUCUUUAUUCACAGCUGUUGGCGAGGUGCUGACAUUUAAGUUUUAAACUGUUUAAAGUUAGUUUAGAUCUGGUCUCAGUUUUUUUUCUCUGACCUGUAAUCAGAAUAUUGAUUCAGUUUAUAAAGUGUUUGUUCUUUCAAAUAAUAAAAAAAUACCCAACGCUGUCCA